UUGCGCUUGAUGAUUGUUUAUACAUACAGAGAUUCAGACUUCACAGAAAUCAAGUAGAAACCUCCAAAAAUAUUCUCAGAUGGCAUCGCGUAGUGAGAUUGUCUUGGCUUCCCUUCUUCUUUUUCUAUCAUGCUUAGCAGAAACCUCUGAUGCAAAUGGCGUCGUCCUCUUUUCCUCUCUGCCCAACACUUUAGAAAUGAUCGUGUCACCCCACAAACCAGAACAGGUUAUGAAACCUGCGGAAGGUAGUUGGACUUUUGGUGGGACGUUAAAAGCUGGAGAAGACAAACUCAGCAUCUCAUGGCGUCUAAACCAGAGUUUCUCAGCCGGAACCACCGACUCGGGGUACAAGACCAUCAAGGUGAAGCUGUGCUACGCGCCGGUGAGUCAAGUGGACCGCGGGUGGAGGAAGACGGUGGACAACCUCGCAAAGGACAAGACGUGCCAGUUCAAGAUAGAAACUAGACCAUACAAACACGUGUGUGAUAGCUUUUACACACAGUGCACGCACAGAUUGGUGUUACCGUGUGGUUUGGAGGGGGGUAGUGCUAGCAAGUGGAAGUACAUAGAUUGGACCAUAAAGCGCGACGUGCCUUCUGCUUCGUACUUCGUACGCGCCUACGCUUACGACGGUGCAGGUGUUGCGGUGGCUUACGGUCAAAGCACGGGACCGAAGAAAAACUACAACAUAUUUGAGGUCCAGGGGAUCACCGGACGACACAAGACGCUUGAUGUGGUAUCGAUUUGCUUUAGUGCUUUCUCCGUUUUGUCCUUGGUUGGGUUCUUUGUUGUUGAGAAGACAAGGGCAAAGCCUACCUAAUAAUCAGAUGUGAAGGAAAACUCCAUGGUACAUUCACAUUGUUUGUUGUUAUCAUUUAUGAUUGUUAACCGUUGAUG